GACUAGCGGAGAAGAAGAAGCGAUGAUUUGACUUAUUGGCAAAAUCGCAGAUGUUAUUUGUUUUUAUCGUGUAUAAAUAGAAAAGUACAACAAAUAAAAAGCCGGAAAAUGUCAGAAGAACCUGCCAGUACCUCAGCCUUUGGAUUUAAGAAGCGAAACAUCAAAAAAGGAGCCGGUAUUCGUCGCAAAAAGGAAAGCAGCAGCAAUGAGUCUGCAAAAAGCAGUGAUGAGGAGUCAAAAAGCAAAGCCAGUGCUUUAGUACGAGCUGAAAACAGGAGAAAGCGCACGAAUCCGAACUUUCAGAGCACCAAAACACUGAGCAAGGCCAAGCGCCAGGCGGGAGCAGCUGAUGAGGAUGCCUCAUCAUCUGCGUCCGAUGAUGAUAAACUGGGUAUCGCAUACAAAUCUAAACGGGAAGCACUGCCCAGUGGACCGCAGGAUCAGGGAGCCACUUCCAUUAACGAAAUGGACACAGAAUUGGAUCGCGAUGCCCAGGCAAUUCAUGCUCGCGCUCUGAAAAUCAACGAAGAACUGGAGGGCAAAGCGGAUGAUAAGAUAUAUCGUGGAAUAAACAACUAUGCUCAGUACUAUAAGAAACAAGACACGGCAGCUGGAAAUGCGAGCUCUGGUAUGGUGCGAAGUGGUCCAAUUAGAGCACCCGCUCAUCUCAGAGCCACUGUAAGGUGGGACUACCAGCCGGAUAUUUGCAAAGAUUAUAAGGAAACAGGAUACUGCGGCUUUGGCGACAGCUGUAAGUUUUUGCACGAUCGUAGUGACUAUAAAGCUGGAUGGCAAUUAGAAAUGGAUCAUGAGAAUCAGAGAACGGGAGAUGCUGACUCCGAUGGUGAUGAUGGCAAGUACGAGAUUCAUUCGGAUGAGGAGUCGCUGCCUUUCAAGUGCCACAUCUGUCGUCAGAGCUUUGUCAAUCCCGUUGUGACCAAGUGCAAACAUUAUUUCUGUGAAAAGUGCGCUCUGGCUCAGUACAAAAAGUCACAACGUUGCAUCAUCUGCUCCCAGCAAACAAAUGGCAUUUUCAAUCCUGCUAAGGAAUUGAUAGCUCGCCUUAAGACGAAUCCCAUGGAAAACUCGGAUAGCGAAGAAGAGGAAUUGGGUGCAAAGGAAGAAAAAGGUGGAGAUGAGGAGGAGGCUCAGGAGAUCUCAUCCGAUGAUAGUGAUUAAAUUAAUUGUAAAUCAAGCGAACUAGGAGUGCGGGAAACCAAACUUCAGUAAGGAACUGCUAACUUCUAAAUAAAUUUUAGGAGUUUCGGUGGCUUA